AUGACAUGUGCACGGCAUCACUCCUCAUUGGCUUACUAAAAUAAUGUGCGUGACAGCCUCCUUGCUUUUUUUUUUUUACAAUAUCACUGGCACCUCCAAGUCUGGUUGACACAUUUCAAUUGAUUAAACAUGUUUCUGGCCAAAAGACUCAUCGGUGGCAUUCUUGAUGUCGUAAGCAAUAUUGAUCCAGCUGUGUUUGUGCCCUCUGACCCACCCGCACCACGAAGGCCACUUGCGUACGCAGAGCAGAAUGAGAGUGACGAGGAAAGACAGUUUCGCAAAGUCUUCCAGCAGUUGGCUGGAGAUGACAUGGAGGUGAGCCCAACUGAAUUGAUGAACAUCUUGAACAGAAUUAUUUCCAAACAUGGUGACCUGAAGACAGACGGGUUUAGCAUUGAGUCCUGCAGGAGCAUGGUUGCAGUCAUGGAUUGUGACAGUACUGGGAAGCUCGGAUUCCAUGAGUUCAAACACCUCUGGAACAAUAUCAAGAAAUGGCAGGGUGUGUAUAAGACUUAUGACACUGAUGGCUCUGGGGUUAUUGAUGCAGAUGAGCUUCCCAAUGCUUUCAGGGCGGCAGGCUUUCCCCUCAAUGAUGAGCUGUUCCAGAUGAUCAUUCGCAGAUACAGCGAUGAGAACGGGAACAUGGACUUUGACAACUGCAUUGGCUGCCUUGUGAGACUGGACGCUAUGUGCCGUGCCUUCAAAACCUUAGACAAGGAUAACAAUGGAACUAUCAAGGUCAACGUUCAAGAGUGGCUCCAGUUGACAAUGUACUCCUAAGCACAUUAAAUGGCUACACGUGUUUACAAAACAAAACCACUCUUUCUACAUGGCGCUGCGCUUUAGACCACUCCAGGGACCCCCUAUGUCAGUCAACCAGCCUCCCAAUUUAUGCAGGUUUCCCUACAUGCUUUGCAACCUACACUAUGUGAAUAUGUCUCACAACAUUGUGUUGUGCCAUUGCUUCAUGAAGCCAACAGAUGCCAUUUAAUGAUUGGGUAAAUGUUGCCAUAAGUCAUUGAGCUGUUAUUACUUUGAAAUGUAUGGAAUUAAAGAAAUCUUAAUGUA